AUGUAUUAUGAUGCAUCUGUUCCAUCAACAACGUUAAUUUUUCAAGAAUAUGAGCGUUCAGUUCGCGAAAAAGAGGAGUUAUCAAAUGUUUUAACAGAUUCGAAACAUAUAAUUGUUGUUUCACUUGCUAAAAAUGAGAUUUCUUUAUUCUCGAAGUAUUUAUUUGAUGAAUUUAUUCAAAAGAGUUCUGAAGCGGCUAAUGUGAUAAACUGGUGUUCGUCAUGUGCAAAAUUAUAUGCAAUACAGACCGAUGGAAAUGGAAAUUGUCUUGUGGACGCAUGUUCAAUUGCUUUAACUGGAAUUAGUGAUGCACAAUUAACACUGCGCAAAACCCUAUCACAGUAUUUUAAAACAAACGAAUUUGCAUUACGUGAUCGUUGGAAAUAUAGCCGUAAUAUUUAUGAUAGUAAAUUUGAUAUUGAAACAGACGAUCAUUUACUUUUAGCUGAAUGGACACAAAUUGUUUUGACGAUAAGUGAACAUCGAUCAGCUCAUUUAGAAUCUUGCCAUAUUUUUGGUUUAAGGAAUAUGUUAGAAAGACCAAUAAUUGUUAUCGGAGAUGAAUACAUUGAUAUGCUUAGCCAUAAAGAAGCACAACUGAAUGAUUUAGUCGGCAUAUAUUUCCCAUUAUUGUCCUCUAAUUGUCAUCGUUAUCCACUAAUAUUAGCUUACAAAGCUAAUCAUUUCUCACUUUUACUCCCCGUACAAUGUCAUAUUAACUCGAUCGCAUCUCUACAAUUUCCUUUAUGUUUUUGGUCAAGUUUUGAAUCAGACAAAACUUUGAAAGAGUUACCAAUUCAUUAUUUACAUAAUAUCGAGGAGAAAAAUGUAAAUAAUUUGUUUAAAAAGUAUUUAAAUAUUACAAAUUUCCAAAUCGAUAAUAAAGCCGUAAAAAGUUGUGAAUUGAAUAGUGCAAGUGAUUCAGAGAAUAUUAAUCUUGUUAAUAAAUAUAUUUGUUAUUUACGUGAAGAACUUACAAUGAAAGAUGCUAAUUGGAAGUCUUUGCAGUGUGCUACCAGAAGUCAGUUUGGUUCGGCAAGCAGCCGAAUUGAACCGAACCGAAUGUCAAAUCAUUCGAUUCGUUUCGGGCUCUGGUACACACAGUAUGAAUGCAAUACUGGUAAUCAACUAAAAAUCACGGUUUUAUAUUUGCAACAUAGUCAUGAGAUGUCAAUUGACAAUUUAAAAUUUUAUCCAGCUAAUCGACGUUUCAAUAAUGAAGAUAUUGAACAAAUCAAACAUUAUGAUAAACACAAAGUACCUCGAAACAUUAUUCGAAACAUAUUGACUGAUACGCAUCAGGAUAAAUUUUACACAGUGAAGGAUAUUGGCAAUAUUUUGAAUAAAGAAACGUCAAAUAAUACAAUCGCACAAGAACUAGCUGUUCAAACAUGUUUAACUGAGAUGAAAGAAGCUGAUCCAACAGCAACAAUCGAAGUUAUCGUACAAGGAAAUUAUGAAUUAAAUAUGGUAUUCACCGCGUCUACAAAAAUGAAAAAUAAUUUUCAAAAAUUUGGAAAAGUCAUUUUCUUUGAUGUUACGUACAAGAUAAAUCUUGAAAAUUAUUCAUUGUACGUUUUUUUGGUACAAGACAAUCUAGGUACCGGUCAACCAGCAGCUCUAGCGCUGCUAGCUAGUGAAAGCCAAGACAAUAUCCGUAGUUUAUUAGAAUUGUUUAAAGCUACAUAUCAAGAAUCAAAUAAAAUCGAAACGUUUUUUGUCGACAAAGAUUUUAAUGAGUCAGCAAUGAUUGAACAGUGGAAAGAAACCAUUGCAAGAUUACCAAUUGAAAUUAAAAAAAAGCAUGAAAUAUUAGCAUGGGCCAAACGUGUCAUGUACAGUGAAAACGAAGAAAAAUACCAAAAUAGUUUAUGUCAACUCAAAUUAGCAUCAAAUAAUACUGACUUUUACAAAUAUUUUGUCCAUAAUUGGAUCUCAUGUUUAGAUAAGUGGGUUUUUUACGAACGGAAAAAUCAGUUAACAUAUAUGAAUAACACGAAUAAUCGCAUCGAAUCGUUUUAUCGAGUUGUAAAAAGUAAAUUUCAUCAACGAAAUAAAAUACCUCAUAUUGCGGAAGCUCUUUUGAUAUUAAUGUCACUACUGAAUUUCAAAUCAGACAUACAACAAUAUCAAAGUGUUCGUCAACAAAUGACCGUGUUUAAAAUAACAAAUUCCAUAUACUCAGCAUUUAUGACAAAAUGCGGAGAGUUAUUAGCAGAUUUUGCAUGUAAGUUUAUUUAUGAGCAGUUAAUGUUGAUGGAUAAAGCUCACUUAACAAUUAUUAAAAAUGAAUUUCAUGAGAAUGAUUUAGAUAUAAUCACGAUUAAAAAUGUAGCAAAAAGUAAUCAGAAUGAUUUAGAUAUAAUCACGAUUAAAAAUGUAGCAAAAAGUAAAAAGUACGAAAUUCAACCCGCUACUCAAAUUUGUACAUGUUAUUAUAAUUGUACAAUGACACUACCCUGCCUACAUAUAUUAUUUUAUUUAAAACAUACAAAUGCACUAGCAUUAAAUGAUGCCGUAAUUCCAGCACGUUGGAUUAGACAAACUUUAAAUCAACAAACAUCUGAAAAUAUUUUGAUUAGUGAGAUUAAUAAGGAGUCAUUUGAUACAAUUGAUGUGAACUAUUGUGACGAUGAAAAUGAGGAAAAAAAUGAAAUUUUAACAGUUGCUGAUAAGAAUCAGGCCGUAUGA